AUUACCCUUUUGAUCCUCUGACCGAGUUGCUUCUUUUCCUCGUCGCAUCCUCGUUGCUCUCCUCUCCUCUCAAUCUCACUGCUCGCACCUCUGCUCACCGUCUUCAUUGCUCGCGCUGUGGUCGCUCUGUUUCUCGUGAUCUUCGAUUUGCCAUCUCUCUCGAUCUAUUUAGGGCUUCGAUCUGCGAUCUGCGAUUUACGGCCUGGUAUCAGUUGGAAGAGCAAGGGAAGAUUGUGCAAAAAUGGGGGAACAUGUGGUAGCAGACAACGCAGAAGCCAUUAUCACAAGGAUUGAACACAAGUCUCGCAAGAUCGAGAGUUUGCUCAAACAGUACAAGCCAGUAGAAGCCCUCAAGACUGCUCUGGAAGGAUCUCCUCCCAAGACAAGAGAUGAAAGAUGCAAGUCUGCAAAUUGGAUUGUGGUGCAUAGAGCACUAAUGGCGAUAAAAGAUGUGGAUUUAAUGUUCUCCUCUUUGGAUCCCGAGUACUAUGAUAUUCUCAUGAAAUACUUGUAUAGAGGAUUGUCUACGGGCGAUCGCCCCACCUGUGACCAAUGCCUACGGAUUCAUGAAAAGCUUACACAGAAAGCUGGCCUCGGAUGCAUACUUCGUGCACUCAGUGAUACUGUAAACACUGUUUAAUUUCUACGAUUACCCAUGACAAGAAACACGGUUUCCUACAUAUAAAUCAUGUUAUUUCUUUCUCUUUGAUCUCUAAUUUCACAUGGAAAUGCAGGUCAAUAGUUUUCAAAA